UAAUUUUGUAAUAUCGAUUCUUUACGUUCGCUUUGGGGUUUCUGGAGCAUACUCUAACACGCAUGCCCCAUGGGUAGCAAUAUGGCGGAUGCCGUAGUGCCAUGCAACGUUCUGAUUUGUCACAUUCGUCAAAUAAGAUCAGUAGAAGAAAAGUAAAUAAAAAUGUUUAAAUAAGUAGUGUGGGCAAAUCACUGCCGAUGUAGAGUAAACAGCCGUUAAUCAUGAACGGUGAUAAUCGUGUAAUUACAGUGUUCCUCCUGGUCGUCAUAUCAAUCAUGUUUUCCCAGGGACAACUUAUGUCCAAGGAGCAUCGCACCCACGCAGCAUCCGAACGAGCUAAUGACUUAUGGUGUUAUCAGUGCGAUACCAUGGACGAUGGAGAAAGAUGUGUCGAUUUGGCCGGAAACUACAGUUCCCUCAUACAAAAAUGCAAAGAUGACAAAAGAAUAUGCAUGGUUAAACGCUUCUCGUAUACGACCAGCACAGAAAAUUCUACUUCCGUACCAAUGAUGUGGUCUCUGGAGAGAAAUUGCACAAAUAAAUGCGAGCCAGGAUGUAUCGUGAUUGGAGAACGCACAAAGCUGUAUGCGUGUACCGCGUGCUGCGAGAAAUCUCUGUGCAACACUGGCAAAGGAACGGCUGCAGAUCUGAUGAGGACGAAUAUUGGAUUUUAUUUAGCUAUGAUAUUACAAGCGAUGCUCACUGUGAUAAUGUAUCCGUCGUGACACUGUUAAUGAAUGAAUCUUCUAUGAAAAGAUAACCUUCGUUUUGAAAACAUUUUUCAUCAGGAUUUCUUUAUAUGGAAAUACUCUUCUUUUUAAUAUGCGAUCACUCAAGCUUAUACGAUCAGCAGGCACUCAAUGAUUGUGUCAUCCACUCUGCUGACUACUCAGUACUGACCUUCUUGUCAGCCGCACUCAACGUUGUAACUUAAGCACAAAUUCAAUAACGCUUAUAAAAACUGGAAAAUAAAUAAAUUGUCCCGUGUGAAAAGGGAGAUUUUAGAAAAGUUUAAUAUUAAAUUCAUGCAAGGUUGUCAGCCGUAGAAGGCACGACCAAUGCUGAAGAUCUUGACCUUACACGAAAAUGUUUUUUGGGUGGUAAAUCCAUUGCGUAAGGGACUACAGAAAAACAAUUAGGUUAACGGCACGACAUUAAUCCCACUUAUGUUUAUACGAUAGCCGUAAGUAUUGAAUUACGUCACGUCCUCAGUUUCAAAAUUCCGUAUACCAUCACAAGACAUAGAUCUGUCCUGGCCCUUUAAGAUUGAUAUAAUAUUCAAGUGAUAAUUUUUUGGUAUUAAGUCAUAAAUCACUGGUUCAACAACGAAUUCAAUAGGUACUACGAAAAUGAAUAAAUAAACUGACCUUAAGC